AUGGCCGUCAUCUCCAGCAUCCCCCGCGGCGACGUCACCGCCAACCUCAACUACUACACCGCCCCCGUCGACGGCUCGGCGCCCUACAACCUCGUCGGCGACGACCACCCCAAGGACCUCGCCCGCCGCAACUACGGCGACGACUUCCACGACGUCGUCAUCCAUGACAUCCGCGGCAACGAGGCCGACUUCACCCUCGACCGCGACGCCUUCCAGCUCAUCCAGGGCGUCCCCGACUCCGCAGAGGAAGAGUUCGUCGAUGACGUCUCCAUCCAGAAGAAGUACUACCCCGAGGUCGAGAAGCUGCUGCUAGACAACAUCCCCGGCGCGGACAAGAUCUACAUCUUCGAUCACACCAUCCGCCGCUCCAACCCAGAUGCCCACCGCACUCCCGUCCUGCGUGUCCACAUCGACCAGACUGCCGCCUCCGUCGAGAAGCGCGUGCGCCGCUACUUCCCCGACGAGGCUGAGGCCCUGCUCAAGCGCCGCUACCGCAUCGUCAACGUCUGGCGACCUCUGAACAAGAACCCCGUCGAGGCUAACCCCCUUGCCGUGGCGUCCACAUCCACCCUCGAGGAGAAGGACGUCAUCCCCAUCUCGCACCGCUACUCGGACGGCUACGUUGGCGAGACCGCUGCCAUCAACUACAACCCCGGUCAGAAGUGGUACUAUGCUAGUGGCAUGACCGGCGAUGAGCGUCUGCUGAUUGAGUGUUUCGACAGCGAGUCCCUGAAGCCUGGCUCUGGCAUUGGCGGACGGGUGCCUCACACUGCCUUUGCUGAUCCCAGAACGAGGGUUGAUGCUGAGGGCCGAGAGAGUAUUGAGGUCCGCGCUUUAGUUUUUGGUAACUAA